CAGAACAUAGAGUUAUGUACAAGCUCUGAAAUUGAACCAAUUUUGAUAAAGAUAAAUCAAUGUAAAUUGUUUAAAGACUGAAUCGUUCAAAUCUCAUUAGUUUCAUAUAAAACUGAGAAAAUUUCAGUUCAUCAAUCUCACAAUAGGAAUUGUUUUUCUACUUGAAAAUCAGAAAAAUGCCAGCGGUUCCCGGAAGUAUGUAUCAAGGGCAGGGCCCCACCUGCUUUGAUAAAAUGAAAAUGGGAUUUUACUUAGGUUUUGCAGUAGGAAUGGCUAGCGGUGCUCUUUUUGGUGGCUUUUCUGCACUGAGAGGUGGUCUUAGAGGACGAGAAUUAGUGAACACUGUUGGCAAAGUGAUGAUACAAGGAGGAGGUUCCUUCGGAACAUUCUUGGCCAUUGGUUCAGGAUUGCGUUGUUAGAUAAAUUGACUGUUUUACUUUAUUCCCAGGAGCACUUAUAUAGAUUUUUCUCUAUAAUUUAUGUAGCAAAAUAUAUUGAUAUUUUUUUGCAAAA